AUGUAUUUACGUAUCAUACUAUUCAUAUGCUCAUUAUCUUUUACUGUUCGUUACGUCCAUUCAUUAAAAGCUUUGGAAAUAACGCAGUGUCCAAAGCUAGCACCCCGAGAACCCGCUAAAAGCGUGUUUGAUUUGAGGCCUGAUGAUAUCGAAGUGAUAGCUGGAAUGGGGGAUAGUGUUUCAGCGGGCCUCCUUGAUGCAGAUGCUCAAUCUUUACCAGCAUAUAUUCGACAAUAUCAAUCUAAAUUAAUGGGUGCCUCAAUAGGAAAAAGACCGGCAGAGAUAUGUCCAGAUACAUUUUUCUGCACGAGUACAUUGCACAGCCCUAAGGUUGAUCAAUUGAACGCUGCUCAAUCCGGUGCAACUACUCGGGAAUUGCCCGAACAAGUUGCCUACUUGAAACAAUACAUUGGUCAGGGUACAGCACUUGCUAGCAAGUGGAAAUUGAUCAAUUUUUAUAUGGGAUAUAAUGAUGGCUCUGUAUCGUGCUUGCCAGGUAGAAACGAAAGAGAAUACUGGCUAAACGUAAGAAAUGCACUCAACGAUCUGAUAACUAGUAUUGAUUACACUUUUAUCAAUCUCAUUGGUCUCACUCAUUACAGUGAAGUUGUGGAUACUGUCCGUACUACUGCCCCAGCAGGUUAUAAGAAAACGUUUCCUGACGGUCGAAAUGACUUAUCGAGCAUCGAAUGUUAUUGCUGUUCUCAGCCCAAUGGUGGUGUAAAUUACAUUAGUGAACGCGUAACAGGAUACAAUAAAGCUCUUCAAUUGAUUGCAGAGGAGAUACAGAAAACAACAACAAAGAAUGUAACAGCUGUCUAUCAACCAACAAGUAUAAUUUCCUCCUCGGUACCCUAUUUUACAUUCAGGUAA